AUGGCAAGACUUCCAUUGUCGGGAUCUCAUGUCGUCACCUCCAUCUCGAAAGAGUCCUUCUUUGCCGAUCAGUCUGGUGGUGGUUCUGGCACGGGAACCAACCGGACUCCUCAGCAACCGCCUCCAUUCCAUGCGCCACCUCCGGAGAAUCCGACUCCGGCGCCGACUCCCUUCCUUCCCUCUUCGGCCGUGACAGUCGAUGCAAACAAUCCCACCUUAGGCCUGCUUCAAACGUUAUUGGGCUUGACCCAAUCAUUCUAUUAUGGCCCAAUAAUGAAAUACUCAAGACCAGAUCUAAUGGUUGCUGUUUAUUCUUGUUUUACCGAGAAAGGAUCUGCUCCUACGGAUUUGGAACUCGAUAAACAUAUGAGCUUCUCAUCGCUACAUAUUGUAAGAUCAAAGUUUUCUAGAUUCUCAAAUCUUGUAUAUGAUGAGUUUGAUAUUUUCUCGAUAAAGAGAAGAUUAAAAUUUCUAGAUUCUCGGAGGUAUGAGAAUUCUUCCAAAGUCACGAUUCAAAAUGACUAA